AUGGAACCUAUCACUUCCCCCGCCGACCGCGAUGGCGUCGCCUAUCUCUACGGCCACCCUCUGCGCAACUCGCUCUCCCCUCCCCUCCACCAGACAGUCUACAACGCGCUCGGCCUCAACUGGACCCAGAUCCCCCUCUCAACCGCAAAUGCGCCCUCCGGAACAUUCACAAAGUCCCCCGAAAUCCCCACAUUCCUGUCCUCCAUCCGCGCAAACCCCAAGUUCGUCGGCUCCUCCGUCACCAUGCCCUGGAAGGUCGCCAUCAUGUCGCAUCUCGACGACCUAACCGAGGAUGCAAAGCAGGCCGGCGCAUGUAACACAAUCUUCCUACGCAAGGGCCCCAACAACAAGACAGAAUACGUUGGCACAAACACAGACUGCAUCGGGAUCCGCGAGGCACUCCUCCAGGGAUCUCCGUCCGGCUCGGAUCAUUUCCGGGGUAAGCCCGCUCUGAUUGUGGGAGGGGGCGGCACCGCGCGUACAGCAGUGUAUGUGCUUCGUCGCUGGCUAGGCGUUAGCAAGAUCUACAUCGUGAACCGGGAUGCAGCGGAGGUAGCUGCUAUUCUUGCCGAGGAUAAGCAGCGGAAUCCUACGCCGUCUGCGCCGCUUGUCCCUGUUUCAGACCCGGAGACUGCGGCGACGCUUGAGGCGCCUGUUGCGAUUGUUUCGGGGAUUCCGAACUAUCCACCUGCGACGGUGGAGGAGACAAGGGCAAGGGAGACACUGCGGGUGCUUUUGAAUAGCCAGACGCAUGAAAAGGACCAGGGGGUUAUCUUGGAGAUGUGUUACCACCCUCUGCCGUGGACGGAUAUUGCCCAGAUGGCGAGUGAUGCCAAGUGGAAGAUUGUGCUUGGGUCGGAGGCUCUGAUCUGGCAGGGUCUGGAGCAGGCCAAGUUAUGGACUGGGAGGGAUAUUGUUGCUGAGCCUGGGCUUGUGGACAAGGUGAAGCAGUUUGUCGCGAGGACGGUUGCGGAGCGGUCCAAGUCGAACUUGUAG